UCAUUUGUGAAGCCAAAAACAAGUCUCUAACAGCAUCCCUUAUGGCGGCGAGCCUCAUCGCGCUCUCCGCGCUACCGCACUCACCUCCCAGUCUCCUUGCUCGGAUCCCCGCAGGUACCUUUCCUAUCUUCAGCACCACUUUCCUCUCCUCCUUCCAAACCCUAAGAUCCCCAUCAAUGAUCAACCGCCAUCUUCAUCGCCGGCGUUCGCGACGGGGAGACCAGGCGGUGGUGCGCGCCGGCCAGCCGAGCGCGUCCACUCUCUUCCUCGUCUUCGUUCUUCCCCUCUCCCUCCUCAUCGGCACCAUCUUGGUUUCCAUCCGAAUCGGCAACAAGCUGGAUGAGAAGUUCCUCGAAGAGCUUGCAGUGAAUCAAGCAUUGAUGGAAGAGAGCGAAGAAGAAGCGGAGGUAGAAGAGAAGGAGGAUUUGGACAUGAGGGAAGAAGAGGAAGUUGGAG